ACACUUCUUCAAGUAAAUCGCCUGAAGAAGAAACGCCUCACCGACUAAUCGAUCAUGAUCGAAUCCUCCAUCUCAUAAAGAGCACCAAAGACAAAUGUAACCUCGAUGUAAUCUUGGACGGCAAGAACAAGCAGACGUACGCGUUUCACGACCCCCACAUGCGUGAAAACUUCUGUCUUCAGAUACGACAGAUGAAGAAUAUGCACUCUACCGAGACGGAUAUCGACCAGAUCUCGUUAUUUAUCGGCACUUGGAAUAUGGGUGAUGCAUCCCUAAACCAGAGCCUGAGCACCUGGUUAAAGUGUACGGGCUCGGGCACGUCUCGUGACAGAGUGUUGGGGGUGAUACCCCAUGAUGUUUAUGUUGUGGGAACACAAGAAAGCAGCAUGACGGAAAAAGACUGGGUCAACCAGCUUAAGGCGGGCCUUAAAGCAUGUGUUCUUGUGGACAUGGAGCUGGUUGAAGUGUCAUCACUGUGGGGCAUCAGACUGGCCAUCCUGUGUAAACCAGAGCUGAAGGCCUUCAUUAGCCGAGUACAGCGUAGCUCCGUCAGAACGGGCAUCGCUAACACUUUUGGGAACAAGGGAGCCGUGGCAAUAUCCUUUUAUUUCAACGGGACGUCUUUCUGUUUCAUCAAUACUCACCUUACUUCUGGAGACGAAAGAUGUAAUAGACGGAACCAAAACUACAGAGACAUCAUCAAGGGUUUAACGAUAAGCCUCGGCCAGAAGCACCUGUCACUGUUUGACAUAACGAACCAGUUUCACCAUGUGUUCUGGCUAGGGGACCUCAACUACAGGGUGGAGGAAGAAAUACAGGUAUUAUUACGUAAAAUCAACGAGAAAGACAUUAAUUUCCUGCUCGAGCGAGACCAACUUAAACGCUUACAGAAACAGAGAACGGUCUUCUCUGCAUUUGAUGAAGCUGAUAUAACGUUUCUACCCACAUAUCGCUUGGAGAGAAAUGUCCCCGGGUACAAGUAUGCCUGGAAGAAGAUCAAAGCCACAAGUGAACGAAUAAAUGCGCCAUCAUGGUGUGAUAGAGUUCUAUGGAAAUCCUAUCCAGGGCAGUUCAUCGAGAGUGUGGCCUAUGGUUGUUCUGAAGCCAUACUGAGCAGCGACCAUCGUCCAGUGUUUUCCUCGUUCAAUGUUGGAAUCAGUUCAGAGUUUGUCCACCAUGCCAGGAUGUCGCUGGCUGAGAUGGCCAUCGUUCAGAUUGUCUUUACUUCAGUGGAAGCUCAGGUGAAGACGUGUUGCAAGCAAUAUUUCCAGCUUGUGUUCCAUUCCACCUGUCUUCAGGAAGUCUACAGAAGUCAGUCCAACACAUCAUUCCGCGAAAACAGGACGGGGUUUUACACUGUACCAGUCUGGGUGGCCACGAAUCUCCCUGAGAUGCGUCCAUUGUUCGGUGAUGUCGAUUACCUAGAAGACCAGCACAUUCUGAUAGCCGUGGUAGCCAAGGACUCGGACAACGAGUCCUACGGGGAAUGUGUCCUCUCAUUGCGUGAAAUGUUCUCUGACGAACCUAAACCGUUUGAGUACACCUUACUGCAUCAAGGGGAGGAGACUGGUAAAAUAAGUGGCAAGAUGCACCUGAAAACCAAGGGGAAGAAAACAUCAUCAUCUAGAAGUGGCAGGAAUAACUAUUCUCUAAUAGCCCUGGACACAGAAUACCACGACCCAGAGAUGUACCUCCCUGACCACCCGACCCACAAGCCCCCAGGCGCCUUUAGGGGCUCCGUAAAGCCGGGCAUGGGCCCGGGUCAGUCCAAACCCCCCCUGGGCUCAACUAUGUCUUCACACAAUAACACCGCACCUAAGCCUCCACUCAGACAGACCGUCAGUACUAUGGAUGAUAGGAUGGGUGGACCAAUGACUAGGGAGACAAACCAACGAUCAAUGAGAAUGGAAGGUCGAGCACCUGCCCCCCUCCCAAGUUCGCCAACCUCUCUGACCCCCAUUCCCCCUGCUCGAAGGGGCACCCCUGUGAUGGGGCAGGGGUCAUUGAGGGUGGCGCCCCCUGUCCGGCAGAGGAGCGCACCAGGAAGUGCUCCACAGAAGCAUGUCCCUCCCAUACCCCCGAAACAGAGGACUGUCAGUGGACCUGAUCAUCAUUACAUCAACCGACAAGACGGACACAAACGCCCUAAGACUCUCGAUGAAUGGUUAGCCCAGCUUAACCUGUCCGUGUAUGAAAAAAACUUUACAGACUACGGAUGGGACAGUCUACUUUAUCUCGGUGAAUUAAAGCUCGAAGAUCUCAUACGAAUCGGUGUGGAAGUGCCCGAACACCAGCGGAUGAUACUAGCGAGCAUUCGCGAUCUAAACAAACCGCUCUACGAAAACCAAGUGAUAUGGGAGACAGACAACGUCACGCAUAGCGAUGGAGAGGGCUACGCUACCCACCCAAAGGAACGACGCUCAUGUCCCGAGACUAUCCGACACGAUUAUGUCAACGAAUUCAAACCUUUGAUCAGUGUCGUCCCAGGAAAAGACAAUAUUGCUUACUCAAGUGAAAACGUUGGGAUAGAGAAACCAAUGAAAAGGUCUGAUACCAGGAAAGGUGACGACAAGGAAAUAUACAAUUCUGCAAAAUACCAAGUUGGAUAUAAAGAGAGGGUCACGAUUUUGGCAAAAGGCACCUCGGUGAAAGUUGCCGUAGACGAGUAUGUAAUGGAUGGAGAUGUUCCUGUUGAGGAAGAGGAUGACGUGUACCAUGAACCAAUAUUUAAUGACUCGCAGGACGAUCUCCCUACAGCCGACCAAUUCUAUCAUGUCCUAGAAACACCUGACAAAAUAAACCCUCGGACGUCGACCUUGUACAACUCAGCAACUACAUGUAUAAACAUGCAAGCAGCAAAUGACGCAAAUCGGGGGCCAUCUCCAAACACUUACGACAAAAUUGAUUUGUCUGGCGAGUUACAAGAAACGGACAUGUCCGAUAUACAAAAUUCUAGUGAAAUGUUGACAUUAGAUCAAUGGCUUGAAGCCUUGGGAUUGGAGAUGUAUCAUGAUACAUUAGUCGAAAAUGGUUGGGUGAAUUUGAUGGUUCUUCACGAAAUGACCGAAGCAGAUUUGGACAUGUUGAACAUUGAUAACAAAGGUCAUAGACUAAAGAUGUUACACGCUAUUCAAUACCUGAAAGGAAACGAUUCAACAAGUGACAAAACAGUUGUUAUUUAAAAACUGAAAUUAUAUAUUUUUGUAUUUAAAGCUGCACUCUCACAGAUUUAUCAUUUUUACAACUUUUUUAUUUUUUGUCUUGGAAAGAGCAAUUUUUUGCAUAAAUAUCUGCAAACCAAUGAUAUGAGAUUGCUGACAAAAAUCAGAUUGUAGAUUUUCAUAUUUCUGUUAAAAAAAAUGUUUUAUGGCCUAAACCAUUACUAACGGUUUAAGAAAAAUGCAUAAAACAUCAAUUUUUGAACUUAAAUAUAAAAAUCUGUGAUCUCAUUUUUUGUUAGCAAUCAUAUUUAACUGGUUUUGGCUAGUUCCAAGACAAAAAAUAAAAAAAAUUGUCAAAACGUUCAAUCUGUGAGAGUGCAGCUUUAAAGGGAAAAUAAAAAGUCUUAGAAAAUAAUUUACGGUAGACAUGCUUGUUUCGAUGAUAGAAAAUUAUCAAAAGUUCAAAUCGGAGCUCUGUUGUUAAUAAUUAUUUAAGAAUAUGAUAGAUAGUUCUAUAUUUUGCCAACAAGCAUAUAAGUAACACUUUUAAAGUUGAAUUAUUUAAAAGCUUAGAAUUACAAAAUUCUGUUUUGUUGCCAACAUAUAAUCUGUGCAUCAGUAUGUUCAGUAUUGAUAUUAUUGUUAAUGCUAAUAAAACAGAAAAUUAUGAUUUAAUCUGCAUAGCAGUUAUCACAAGAAAAAGAAAGUCUCUGUCAAAAAUAAUUCUUAUAUGAUGUACCAUAGUUGAGUAUGUGCAUUAAAAUUAUGUCCUAGUACAUGUGGGAUUUAUUAUAAAAUGAAUAAAUGUUUUGCCUUUCAUUGGACAAUAUUAAGAUUCACUUACAAUUUUAUUAAUUGGAAUUCUCUUUGAGAAAUUUUCCGCAUAAUAUCAAUUUAUGGUCUGCAUUUGUCAUAUAAUAAAGAAAUACAUCAUUCUUUGUGUAAUAUUUAUGCUAAUAAUAAUUUAUGAUCUGCAAAAGCCAUAUAAAUAUAUCUAUCAUUUUGUUUGUUUCAUUAUUAUGCUAAUGGCAAUUUAUGAUCUGCAAUAGCCAUUUAAAAAUCCAUCUUUUUGAGUAUUACAUUAUUAUGCUAAUGGCAAUUUAUGUAAGCAAUAACCAUUUUAAUAAAUCCCAUCUUUCUGUGUGUAAUAUUUAAAUAUGCUGAUGACAGAUUAUGGUCUUCAAAAGCCAUCUUUCAGGACAUACAUUAUUCUGUGUGUUAUAAUUAUGCUAAUGCCAAUUCAUAAUUUGCAAUUGCUGUAUAAAGAAAUCCAUCAUCAUUCUGUGUGUUAUAGAAUUAUACAGGUGCCAAUUUAUGAUCUGCAAUGUAUAUACAAAGAAAGCCAUCAUUCCAGACAUCCAUCAUUUUGAAUGUACAAUUAUUAUGCUAAUGCCCAUUCAUAAUUUGCAAAUUGCCAUUUAAAGAAAUCUAUCAUUAUUCUGUGUGUUAUAAUUAUGCUGAUGCCAAUAUACAUGUAUGAUCUUCAAUUGCAAUACAUGUAUAAAUGAAUUCAUUAUUUAAGAAAUCCAUCAUUAUGUGUGUUAUAAAUUAUGCUGAUGCCAAUUUAUGAUCUUCAAUUGCCAUAUAAAAAUAUCUAUAAUUCGAGACAUUCAUCAUUCUGUGUGUAAGAAUUAUGCUGAUGCCAAUUUAUGAUCGGCAAUUGCCAUAUAAAGAUAUCCAUCAUUCGAGACAUCAAUCAUUCUGUGUGUAAGCAUUAAGCUGAUGCCAAUUUAUGAUCAGCAAUUGCCUUAUAAAGAUAUCCAUCACUCAAGACAUCCAUUAAUUUGUGUGUAAUAAUUAAGCUAAUGCCAAGGUAUGAUCAGCAAUUGCCAUAUACAGAUAUCCAUCAUUCAGGAUAUCAAUCAUUAUGUGUGUAAUAAUUAUGAUAUUAAUGCCAAUUUAUGAUUGGCAGUUGCCAUAAAUUAUAUAAAGAAAUCCAUCAUUUUGUGUGUAAUAAUUAUGCUGAUGCAAAGUUGAUAAUUGCUUGUUAAAACCUGAUUUGUUGCAAACUUCAAACCACUAUCUCUUGUUUUAUUAACAGAAUUAAAAUUCAAAAAUUUCUUACUCCGGUUACCUCCCUUUAACAAAAAAAAUGCAUUUUAAGUAUUUAAAGAAAUGUUCAAAAUUUAGAUGUGGUUGGUUAUUUAAAUUCACAUAUGAUGUCAUGGAUGAUUUACAUUGUAUUAUGAAGUACAUGUUUCUAUGAUGUGUUUGUUUAGGCAUUUUGCCCAUUUAAUAAUAUAUAAUAUAUUGAUAAAUAAAUCAUAUCAAAAAGUC